CACGUGGUAUGAGUAUGAAAACAUUGACUGUUGUUUAAUACAUAUUAUUUUCUUAAAUAAAAAAAAGGAUUUUUACUUAUUAUUUUAACUAUAUAAUUAAACUGAAUUUCAACCACAUUAAAUAGUGUAAUAUUUUAAUACUUGUAUGAAAACAUAAUAUGGGGUUAACUAAACAAUACUUACGUUAUGCUCCUUUAAAAAACUUCAAUAUUAUAUGUCAUCCUGAGUGUAAUAUCGUUUUUGUUACAUUCAAUAACAUUAAUGAUAGAUAUGUAGCAGUCGGAGCCAGUGAAAAUAUAAAUAUUUGGGAUUUACGUUUGUCAAAAUUGGUUAUGACAAUUGAAGAUGAAGAUAUGAGAAAUAAUACAUCUAAGAAAGUAAACGUUGUUAAAUUAGCUGUUGUUGCUGGUGGAAAACAAAUUGCUGCUGGUUAUUCUGAUGGUAUAGUAAAAACAUUUGAUUUAAAUAAUGGCGAACUUAUAAGCACAUUUCAAGGACAUCGAUCAGCAAUUACAGCAUUAAAUUAUGAUGCAAAUGGCCAUUUACUUGCUUCAGGUUCAAAAGAUACUGAGGCUGUUGUUUGGGAUAUAGUAGCUGAGCGUGGUUUACAUAGAUUAUGUGGUCACAAAGGUGUUAUUACAGAUGUACAAUUUAUGAAUAAAUAUGAAAUAGUUUUAACAUCAUCUAAGGACACCUAUAUUAAAUUUUGGGAUUUAACUACUGGAUAUUGUUUUAAAACAUUAGCAGGUCAUAUUACCGAGGUAUGGUCAAUGAACAUUUUACGUGACAAUGAUUUUAUUGUUACGGGGAGUAAUGACGCUGAAUUACGUACUUGGAAAGUUUCAAAAACUGAUGAAGAUAAUAAAGAUAUUAAAAUAAUGGAACUUUUAUCAUCAGAUGGUUUGCUAGAUUAUGCAUCUCCAAUAAAGUGUGAAAAAGUAGGAUCCUUAAUGCGAGAAGGUCCUGGUCGAGUAGUAUCAUCUUCAACUGAUAGUACCAAUCAUAUUAUUUGUUGCCAUGGCCAUGGAAAAUUAUUAGAACUCUUUAUUUUUACUGAUAACAAUGAAGCAUUAGAUCGAUUUCGUAAUAGACAAAGAAAAUUCAGAAAGAAAGCUUUAAAACGUGAAGAAAACAUUGAUGAUGUUGCAUUUUUAAAUGAAAAAAACCCUGCCCUUCAAGAUACUGUGAGACGAUUACCAGCUAUUUUAACUGAUUAUAAAAUAAAAUCUACCAACUUAACUGUAAAUGAAACUCAUGUUAAGGUUGUUAUUAGUUUAGCAAACAAUUCAAUAGUAUUAUACUCAGUUCCAUUAAAAGAUAGCAAAGAAGUAAAGUUGAUACGCCAAAUUUCUUUGAAUGGUCAUAGAUCCAAUGUUAAAGUUUUGGCAUUUAGUUCUGACAACUUGGCUAUUUUUACUGGUGGAUCUGAUUCUAUUAAAAUGUGGAACAGAAAAACUUUAAACUGCAUUCGAACUGUAAAAACUAGUAAUGCUGUUCAAUGCAUGUGUAUUGUUUCUGGUGAUCGUCAUGUCUUAGCUGGGCUUGAUGAUGGUAACUUAUUAGUGAUUGAUAUUGCAGCAGGAGAUAUAAUUGAGCAAAUUGCUGCUCAUACUAAAGACACAAAAUCAAUUUAUUUAUUACCAGAUGAGUUAGGAUGUAUUACUGGUGGAGGAGAUAGCACCGUAAAAUUAUGGCAAUUAGAAUUAGUAAAUUUGCCUAGUACAGAUAGAAAAGUUUUAUCAUUAUUACAUACUAAAACACUAGAAUUAGAUGAAAAUGUUCAGUGUGCUAAAGUUAGUCCAGAUAAUAAACUUAUGGCUAUAGCUUUAUUAGACAACACAGUUAAAAUAUUUUUUAUGGACACAUUUAAGCAUUUUAUUGAUCUAUAUGGGCAUACACUUCCUGUUAGUGAUUUAGAUAUUAGUUAUGAUUCUUCUAUAAUCAUCACAGUAAGUGGCGACAAAACUAUAAGGAUUUGGGGAUUGGAUUAUGGUGAUUGCCAUAGGCGUUUAACCACAGACUCAGCACUUACAAGCAUUUCAUUUGUCUCAAAAACUCAUCAAUUUUUCACAACUGACAAAAAUGGAAAUGUAAAACAUUGGGAUGGUGAUACAUUUGAACGAAUUUUAACAUUACAAGGUCAUAGAGGAGAAAGUUAUAAUUCUUCUAUAAGUAGUAAUGGAUCAUAUCUUGUUAGUUGUGGACAAGACAAUGUUGUUCGUUUGUUUGAAAAAACAGAUGAACCAUUAGUGUUGGAAGAUGAACGUGAAGAGGAAAGAGCUCAAGAAGAUGAAAAAGAACUAGCAACAGGGGAAGAUACAAAUGUAUAUGGUGGACCAUCAGUUCUAUCACUACCUACAAAAAAAACUAUUACAUCAGAAAAAGCUGCAGAACUACUAUUAGAGUGUUUAAAUGUAAUAAAAGAAUACAAAGAUACACGUGCAGAAAACCAAUCAAAAGGUGUGGCUUUACCUUCCUUACCUUUAAUAAUGACAGCAUUUAAUGUUAAAACAACAGAUGAAUACUUACUAGAAAUAAUUAGAAGAAUACGCUCCAGUGAACUCGAAGAAGUAUUACUAUUAAUUCCUUUUUCAAGUGUUUGUUACUUUAUGGAGUCACUAAUUCCAUUACUGAACAACAUGCAUCAUGAAAUUGAACCUGUUAUCCGAUCUCUUAUAUUCAUAGUACAGACUUUACAUAAACCAUUAACAUCUGCAAAAGAUAUGUUGCCUAUUUUAAGACAAUUGAAUUCACUUGCUUUUAAAAGAACAAAUGAUUUUCGAGACCUUAUUGGUGAAAAUUUACAUUCGUUAAUGAUUAUAAAUAAUACUCAAGAAGAAGAAGAACUUGUAUUUAAUAUUACACAAAAUUUAAACAAAAAGAGAAAACGUCAAAAACAAAAAUUAUUAAAAUCUGUAGUUGUUAGUAUUUAAUAAAUAUAAAUAUAUGAUAUGUUUUGUAUUUCUGUAACAAU